AUGGUGAAAAUUGCACUUCUAGGCGCUGCGGGCCAGAUUGGCACGCCCCUCAGCCUUCUCUGUAAAGCAAGCAAUCUAUUCGAUGAGAUUGCUCUGUACGAUGUUGUCCAUGUGCCGGGCAUCGCAACUGAUUUGAUGCACAUUGACACAAAGGCCAAGGUUGAUGGCUACCUUCCAGACAAUGGUGGUCUCAAAAAGGCCCUCCUUGGCGCAGAUAUCAUUGUCGUAACUGCUGGUAUCGCGCGGAAGCCGGGCAUGACUCGAGAUGAUCUCUUUAAGACAAAUGCGUAUAUCAUCAGGGGCAUCUUCAAUGAGGUUGCAGCCACAUGUCCCCAGGCGACGUGCUGCGUUGUGACCAACCCUGUCAACUCGAUAGUUCCAGUCGCGGCUGAGACCCUUAAGAAAGCUGGUGUUUUUGACCCUGCUCGUCUUUUCGGUGUUACAACCUUGGACGCUGUACGUGCCUCUACAUUUGCCGCACACGCCCUGGGCGAGUAUUCCGAUCCCAAGUCUCUCAGAGUUCCGGUUAUUGGCGGCCACAGUGGAGCCACCAUUCUGCCACUUUACAGCCAGGCUCAGCCACCAGUCAACCUCGAUGACCGAACUUUGGCGACCGUUGUCCACCGGGUGCAGUUUGGGGGUGAUGAGAUUGUUAAGAGCAAGCAGGGUGCCGGGAGCGCCACCACGUGCAUGGCAUAUGCUGGCUUCCGAUUUGUCAAGGCCAUUCUGGCAGCUAAGAAUGGUGAAACUGUCACUGAGGAGGCUUACGUCUAUCUCCCCGGUGUCCCCGGCGGUGAGAAGAUUGCCACUGAGCUUGGGGUUGAUUACUUUGCCGUGAAAAUCGAGCUUGGCAAGGCAGGUGCCGUCAAGGCAUUGCCCAUUGGCCAGAUCUCCGAUAAUGAGGCUAAGCUUCUUGAGAUCGCCAUCGAUGGCUUAAAGAAGGACAUUGCUACCGGUCAGGGCUUGCAAUAG